GUCCAACGCCUCAGUACCAUUCUUUCUCUCUCCAUCCCCCUUCCUCUCACCUCACCCAUCCGGCCAUCCCCUGCCUCUUCUCUCCCCAUUGCCUGCUGAAACCAAGCUCUGCCGGCCGGCCAUGGGGACGCAGGCGGACGAUCAGAACUACACGGCGUCGCCGGCCAAGGAUGAGAGGACUGCGGAGCAGAAGAAGAUCGACGACUGGCUACCGGUCACGUCGUCGAGGAACGCCAAGUGGUGGUACUCUGCCUUCCACAAUGUCACCGCCAUGGUCGGAGCCGGUGUGCUCAGCCUCCCCUACGCCAUGUCCGAGCUCGGCUGGGGCCCAGGCAUCGCUGUGCUGGUGAUCUCAUGGGUGGUCACGCUGUACACGCUGUGGCAGAUGGUGGAGAUGCACGAGUGUGAGCCCGGGAGGCGGUUCGACCGGUACCACGAGCUCGGGCAGCACGCCUUCGGGGAGAAGCUCGGCCUCUGGAUCGUCGUGCCACAGCAGCUCGUCGUCGAGGUGGGCGUCAAUAUCGUGUACAUGGUCACAGGCGGGAGGUCGCUCAAGAAGUUUCAUGACGUGAUCUGCGACGGCAAGUGCAAGGACAUCAAGCUCACCUUCUUCAUCAUGAUCUUCGCCUCUGUCCACUUUGUCCUCUCCCAGCUACCAAACCUCAACUCUAUCUCCGGCAUCUCCCUGGCCGCCGCCGUCAUGUCGCUGUCCUACUCCACCAUCGCGUGGGGAGCGUCCGUGGACAAGGGCAGGGUGGCCAACGUGGACUACAGCGUCAGGGCCUCCACGACGCCGGGGAAGGUGUUCGACUUCUUCGCCGCGCUUGGCGAUGUGGCGUUCGCAUACGCAGGGCACAACGUGGUGCUCGAGAUCCAGGCCACCAUCCCGUCCACACCGGAGAAGCCGUCCAAGAAGCCCAUGUGGAAGGGUGUCAUUGUCGCCUACAUCGUCGUCGCCCUCUGCUACUUCCCCGUCGCGCUCAUCGGCUACUGGGCAUUCGGUAAUAGUGUAGACGACAAUAUCCUCGUCACCCUCAACAAGCCCAAGUGGCUCAUCGCCAUGGCCAACAUGAUGGUCGUCAUCCAUGUCAUCGGAAGCUACCAGAUUUACGCGAUGCCGGUGUUCGACAUGAUUGAGACGGUGCUGGUGAAGAAACUGAAGUUCCCGCCUGGCCUCACGCUCCGCUUGAUUGCCCGGUCAACCUAUGUUGCCUUCACGAUGUUCAUCGGCAUCACAUUCCCCUUCUUCGGCGGGCUACUCGGGUUCUUUGGCGGCUUUGCUUUUGCACCAACGACCUACUUUCUUCCGUGCAUCAUGUGGCUAGCCAUCUACAAGCCCAAGAGAUUCAGUCUCUCAUGGUGUUGUAACUGGGUCUGCAUCAUCCUUGGGGUGUGUCUCAUGGUUCUGGCGCCCAUCGGAGCGCUCAGGCAAAUCGUCUUGAACGCCAAGAACUACACCUUCUACUCAUAGAUCGACAUUAUUAUCACCAUCACGUAUUGUCACAUCUAGAUUCGUGAUGCUUGGAACAAAUUAACCUGUUGCAGCGUUGAUCUACUAUGGACUUUCUUUUGUCCUGCAUGGAAAAUAGAAGGAAGAACACAGUAGUAACAAAAAAAAGGUUCUGUUUGGGGUUAAGCAUAUGUAAUAUAUGUGGUGUACGUGGGUUUGUUUUCUGUGUUGUAGGAUGGGUAACAUGGCUUCGCUUUUGUUGUGCCCAGAGGACAGAACGGACAGUUCUUUUCCAUGCA